CGGGGCGCUUUACGCGGAAGCCGGUGGCGUCCGGUCCCAACCUCCUCCGGGAGCGGGCAGUCGGUGGUCCGCCCCUGGCUUACGCCGCUCGAUUUUGAGCCUACGCGCUCUUAGGGGGGUGCCCGGACAGAUUGAAGCCAUGGCCAUUCUUUUUGCAGUCGUCGCCAGGGGAACGACUAUCCUUGCCAAACAUGCUUGGUGUGGAGGAAACUUCCUGGAGGUGACAGAGCAGAUUCUGGCUAAGAUACCUUCUGAAAAUAACAAACUAACGUACUCACAUGGCAAUUAUUUGUUUCAUUACAUCUGCCAAGACAGGAUUGUAUAUCUUUGUAUCACUGAUGAUGAUUUUGAACGUUCUCGAGCAUUUAAUUUUCUGAAUGAGAUAAAGAAGAGGUUCCAGACUACAUAUGGUUCAAGAGCACAGACAGCACUCCCAUAUGCCAUGAAUAGCGAGUUCUCAAGUGUCUUGGCUGCACAGUUGAAGCAUCACUCUGAGAAUAAGGGCAUAGACAAAGUGGUGGAGACUCAAGCCCAAGUGGAUGAACUGAAAGGAAUCAUGGUCAGAAACAUAGAUCUGGUAGCUCAGCGAGGAGAAAGAUUGGAAUUAUUGAUAGAUAAAACAGAAAAUCUUGUGGAUUCGUCUGUCACCUUCAAAACAACCAGCAGAAAUCUUGCACGAGCCAUGUGUAUGAAGAAUCUCAAACUCACUAUCAUCAUCAUCGUCGUUUCAGUCGUGUUCAUCUAUAUCAUUGUGUCACCUCUCUGUGGUGGAUUUACAUGGCCAAGCUGUGUGAAGAAAUAAAAAAAAAAAAGUUGUCAUUAACCAAGGAUAUGAGACAACAAGGAGUUAAAAGCAAUCCAUGUGACUUAAGCCUUUGAAUACUGACAGAUGGUGUCUGCCAGUAUCUUCAGCUGUCUUCUGUUUCUUUUUUGUUUUUAAAUCUUGUUGUAUGUUUCCAGAUUUAUCUUUGUCUAGUUUAUUCUAGUGUACUUCAGAUUUAACCAUUUAUUGCAGCAGUACCUUUAAAAAGGCUUUUGUUUCUUUAGUUUGUUAAUUAGAGUCAUCUAUUUAGAGAAACAGUUUUAUUUGUAAUUGCACAGAGCUGUCACCAAGGUAGAAACCACCAGUCUUACUAGCUGUCUACUAAGACUUUGGAUGAACUUUGUAUUCCAGACACAGAGAGCAUCGCUAACAUCUCAUCUUUUGCUAUUGAAGAGUUUUAGGUGCUUGAAAACAAUUUAAAUGGAAAAUCGUUAUUUGGGGAAUUGUAAAUAAUUUGUUGGUGCUGCUUGUUUCUAGGAGCCCAUGCAGGUAAGGUUUUAAACAUUUUCUGUCAGUCAUAUGGGGAACAUUUUGCUAGCCCAUUAGAAAUAUACAGAAUUAGCCUUUUCCUUCUAGUUUUCACUUUCAGGCAGAAACUUCUGACCUUUCACAAACCUUACAGAGCAUGAUAUCCUCUCUUUCCCCCAUUGCACUUGAUUUGAAAAGAUGAUGGCUUAAAUAUUGUUGAAGAUUGUGGGUUUUUUUAUACUUAUUUCUUUUUUGUGGAUAUUUAGGGCAAUUGUAUAGUUAAUAGAACAGGUGGUGGAUGAGAUGGCGAGGCAAAUUCUUCUGGGUUAGGUUUAGGGUUAGGGUUAACCCUAACCUAACCCUAACCCUAACCCUAACCCUAACCCUAACCAGAGAAAAAUAAGACAACCACGGUGGUAUACUAGUGUUUAGGUGUGUGGGGAGAGGUAGUAUGGGACAUUUUUUUCCAGUCUGGGCAAAGCCCAAACUGAAUAUAGUCAACAGUCAACUCUAGGGUUUGGGUUUGACUUCUGUUGAAUAAUAGUUUCAGUAUCCUUUAUGGAUUAAUAAAUUCUGUGAUCUAUCUUUGAAGAAUUCUUUUGUGAAACUGGAGAGUAGACAGUAUGAUAUGUAGAAAUAAUACCAGCCAGUUUUUAACAUCCAUUUAACUGCAGUGUGGGAAAACUGGAGUGUAAUCAUAUGCUUGGCUACACUGGCAUCUGUUACCUAUUAAUGUACUUUUGGUGUGUAUAUGAAAGGAUAUUUGCUGCCCUAAAUCAUUUAUUUAUCAAUAAAUGCCAGUAAGUGGAAAUUAUAUUACAUUUGACUAUUUUCCAAAUGAAAGAGCAAAGUAGUCUAUAAACCUAGCCACCUGUGUAAUCCUAGUCAUGUGCCUUGAAUAUAUAUGUGUCUCAUAAUAUGGCUCUUGCUACCUGUUCUUCCAUCUAAACCUUUUGAUUCAUGCUACUAGAUUCAUUUCUUUGACGUAUACUUUAGGCCCACUGGAACUCUUUUCUUGAUGAUCACACAUGGCGCAAAUGUUUCUUGCUCUUCUUUAUCAACACUAAUGCCUUUUAAUUAUAUCAGCAUUUCCUAUUGGAAAAACACUUUUGUUCCAGGAAAACAUUUGGCAUUCUUGAGUAAUAAUUUCCAAAUGUCUUUAAUCCAAAGAAGACUUAAAGCUUAUUUCCCUUUCUUAUACACACCUGAAUAAAAAUGAUGUGCAUGUUUUAGGAAUAAAUUACUUAACUGUUCAUUUGUCUAUUUAUGUAUAAGAAUGCUUUUUAAAGCACAUAUCUUGUUUUAAAUGACGCACAAACUGAAGGCAUUAAUAAAAUUUAAGAGUAAUGUAAUGAGCUUUA